AUGGCCACCACUGUCGCAGGAUCGGGGCUCAUCUCCUUGAAAGUCGCCGGGAAGCUCGCUUACCGUGAGAUCUGUCAUAUCCGCCAAUGUGCUCCGCUUCAAUCCGCGAUUCCACAUUUCGGAAUGCUGCGAUGUGGAUCGCGACAGCCGUUUUCAUCAACCUCUGUUGUGAAAGCUCAAGCGACCGCUGUUGAGGAAUCAAUAGGCGAAGCUGCUCAGAAAGUUGAAUCUCCGGUUGUCGUUGUGACUGGUGCCUCCAGAGGGAUUGGUAAAGCAAUUGCUCUAUCAUUGGGUAAACAAGGCUGUAAGGUCUUGGUGAAUUACGCAAGGUCAGCGAAGGAGGCUGAAGAAGUUUCUAAAGAGAUUGAAGAAUAUGGUGGCCAGGCUAUUACCUUUGGGGGUGAUGUCUCAAAAGAGGCUGAUGUGGAAGCCAUGAUGAAAGCCGCUGUUGAUAAAUGGGGAACCAUUGAUGUCCUGGUUAACAAUGCAGGAAUUACUCGGGAUACUUUGUUGAUACGGAUGAAGAAAACCCAAUGGGAUGAUGUGAUUAGUUUGAAUCUUACUGGAGUAUUUCUCUGUACUCAGGCUGCAACAAAGAUCAUGAUGAAGAAGAGAAAGGGAAGAAUCAUCAAUAUAGCGUCAGUUGUUGGUCUCAUUGGUAAUAUUGGGCAAGCAAACUACGCUGCUGCUAAAGCUGGAGUUAUUGGGUUGUCCAAGACUGUUGCCAAAGAGAAUGCGAGCAGGAAUAUAAAUGUCAAUGUGGUUUGUCCCGGAUUCAUUGCAUCUGACAUGACUGCUAAGCUUGGAGAAGACAUGGAAAAGAAAAUAUUGGGAACAAUCCCAUUAGGACGUUAUGGACAACCAGAAGAUGUUGCUGGCUUGGUAGAAUUCUUGGCUCUCAGUCCAGCUGCUAGUUACAUCACCGGACAGACAUUCACCAUCGAUGGAGGUAUUGCCAUAUAG